CUUCCGAGCUGGAUCCUGACGCCGAAGGAGGAGAAGCAGGUGUUAGAGGAGUACCAGAAGGAGGUGUGGAGACAGUGCGACGGGUAUGUGCAGGAGUUCCGCAAGUGUGAGGCGAUGGCUGGCUUUGGCGUGUUGUUCAAGUGCCGGGAGCAGACGAAGGCGAUGAAGGCGUGUAUAGACAACCGCCACCAGCACGAGUUUGUCGACGAGGUGCGUGAUGCGUUCAUCCAGAAGAAGCUA